UGUUUUGCUUUUUAACUUCGACGUUUUUUUUUUUUAAAAAUAAAUAAAUUUCAGAUAGAGCUAACGAUGUAGUUUGGCGCUCCUUUUAGUUGUUUUUCAAGAAAGCGUAUAAACGUACAAAGCCCUAAUUUUAGUGCCAAAGGAAGCAAAACUUUGCUGGUUGCACAAGCAUUGUUGAUAUCCUUUGGAACAGCACUCUUCAAUUCCAUGAAGUUUACAUGUUUAAGUGAGGGCAAGGGCUAUUAUUUCCCACCAUGCCACAUAGUUAAUAUAUGCGGUUUCCGGGUGUUACUUGACUGCCCUUUAGACCUUUCAGCACUCGCCGUCUUUUCUCCCCUACCAGUUGUUACUUCUUCCCUGCUUGAUGAAGAAACUUCAAAUCAUAGAGGCCAAAGUUCAUCAAAUUCGGAGUCUAUAAGACGGGAAGUUGGAGAGUCUCUUGAUUCCAAAAGUUUGAUACAAGCUGAGCCUUGGUAUAAAACUGUGACAAGCUUGCAGCUUUGGAGUAUUUAUUCCAUAGAUGUGGUACUAAUCUCAAGUGCAAUGGGUAUGCUGGGGUUACCAUUUCUUACCCGCCUCAAAGACUUCAGAGCAAAGAUAUAUGCAACGGAAGCAGCUUCCAAACUAGGGAAACUGAUGAUGGAGGACCUUGUUUCCAUGCAUAUGGAGUUGAGACAAUUCUAUGGACCUGAAGAGUCUGGUUGCCCUCAAUGGUUGACAUGGGAAAAACUUGAACUACUACCUACAGCACUAAAGGAUAUUGUUUUAGGCAUUGAAGGGACAGAACUUGGUGGAUGGAUGUCCAUAUACAGUGCAGCUGAUAUCAAGGAUUGCAUGGAGAAGGUUCAAUUCCUAAAGUAUUUUGAAGAAGCCUGCUAUAAUGGCUCAUUGACCAUAAAAGCAUUCAGUUCUGGUUUGGAGAUAGGUGCUUGUAAUUGGAAAAUUCUAAGUCCAAAAGGAAGCAUUAUUUAUCUUUCUGGCUCAGUCUUUGCAUCAAUAACUGCAUCCAGUUUCGAUUACAAAGCUCUUGAAGGAAGUGAUGUUCUAUUAUAUUCAGACUUCACAGCCUGCAAUGAUGUUGAUGGUGAAAAGAACGACUUCCCUCCUGCUGCUGCCAGUUCCUAUCCAAGUGAUACUGGCAGUGGUAGGGAAACUGAAUCCUUGAUUGAUUCAGAUGAGUACUCAGAAGAGAUGGAAAAAGUAUCUUUUGUAUGUUCACUUGCUUUGAAUUCUAUUAAUGAUGGAGGUUCAGUCCUUAUUCCCAUUGGACGUCCCGGAGUCAUGUUGCAGCUACUGGAACACAUAUCACUUUUGCUAGAAUCUUCAAAUUUGAAGGUUCCUAUAUAUUUUGUUUCUUCUGUGGCGGAAGAGUUAUUGGAAUUUUCCAAUAUCAUACCUGAAUGGCUGUCCAGUCAACGGCAAGAAAGAUUCUAUGCUGGGCAACCACUAUUCACUCAUAUUCAGCUGUCAAAUGAGAAAAAGCUCUUGGUAUCUCCUGCAAUACAUUCAUCGAAAUUCCUAACAAGUUGGCAGGAACCUUGCAUAGUAUUUUGUCCUCACUGGAGUCUGCGACUUGGCCCUGCUGUUCAUCUCCUUCAACGUUGGUGUGCAGAUCCUAACUCGUUGCUUAUUAUGGAGGAAGGAGCUGAUAUCAAUUUGACUUUCUUGCCUUUUAAGCCAAUGUCAAUGAAGGUCCUUCAAUGUUCGUUCAUCUCUGGAAUAAGGCUAAAGAACACUAUACCUCUACUAAAGAUAUUACAACCUAAACAUGUGCUGGUUCCUGAGAGAUUGAGGCCCCAUAUUAGCUGUUGGAAACUCAAUUUUUCAGUCUGUUAUUUCUCCGGAAAUGAAACUGUAGUUAUGCCUAAGUUGAACAAUUAUGCAGAUACGGACAUUGCCAUGGACUUGACUUCUGAGCUGAUCAAUUAUACAAAACUGAUACAAGAAAAUAGUACUGCAAGAUUAAAGGGAGAGUUGCUCCUUGAGCAGGGAAAACAUCGGUUAGUUCUUGGAAGCAAGCAAGUGCUUUCUUCACAAGAAGAUAGGCCAUUGCUAUUUCUGGGUAGAGUUGAGUUGGACUCCCUUCUGAUGGCUUUAAAGGAGAUGGGGAUGAAAGCAACUGUACAACAUGCCCAGAGUACUGAUGGAUCAGAAAAUGUAUCAAUUGUAUGCAUCUCGGAGCCCAAUGAAGCCUUGAUAGAGAUUACAGCAACACGAACCAUGAUAAACGUUGCUGAUGAGACUACCGCUUCCCUGGUUUCUGAGGCUGUUCGUAGCACUUCAGUUUUUAUCUGACAGCAGAUGGCCCUUAUAGAUACCUAGAUGCCAAUGGUUUAAGAAGAUUGAUCAAUUUCCAGCUUCGAGGAGAAAAUGAUUCAUUUAACUGGGAAUGGUAGCUGGGAGUAUUAACGAAGAGGAGUCUUGCAGCGUCCUUUUCCCAGUCAAGCAUUGCCCGGUUGCCAGAUACUGGAAAAGAGAGAACGCAUAGUCUCUAAUAUUUGUGAUACAAUUCUGGUGGUACAUGUACUUCGCGCCAAAAAACAAAAGAUUUUCUUAGAAAGUAGAUUUCCUUUAAACAAAGUUGGAAGAGUUGAUUAUACCAGAUAAGUAACCAUUCGCGGCUUGGUGAUUUAACAACUGUGCCAAUUCUUUGAUGUCAUUUUUACAAUUUUUUUCUUCAACGCAUUAAA